UCUCAUGGCCCCUGUGUCUCUGCAGCAUCCCCGGCUCAGCAGUCUGCGCCUUCGACAUGGCACAGGUGGCGUCUGUCUUUGAGGGGCGCUUCCGGGAGCAGAAAUCCCCCGAGUCCAUCUGGACUCCCGUGCCGGAGGAGAUGGUCCCGAAGCCACGGCCCGGGGGCUGCGCAGCCCCCGGCAUGCGCUAUAAUUCCUCCAGCUCCUUCCCGGAUGAGAUCCUCAACUUCGUGAAGACGCAUCCCCUGAUGGACGAGUCCGUGCCCUCCCUGGGCCACGCCCCGUGGAUCAUCCGCAGCAUGACUCGGUGAGAAACCCGCCCCCUCAGCCCGGAGCAGAAGGCCAACAAGCGUGGCUGGGCUGGUGAUUAGGGAGGGCGGAUUGAGUGUUAGGUAGGACUGGAUUCCCCCUUCGUUCCCCUGUCUCAGCUGCCUGGAGCGGCUGGGUCGGUCCUGAGGCAGGUUGUGUUCAAUAUCUUCAUUAAUGAUCUGGAUGAUGGGAUGGGUUGUACCCUCAGCAGGUUCGCAGAUGAUGCUAAGCUGAGGGGAGAGGUAGAUAUGCUGGAGGGUAGGGAUCGGGUCCAGAGUGACCUAGACAAAUUGGAGUAUUGGGCCAAAAAAAAUCUGAUGAGGUUCAACAGGGACAAGAGCAGAGACCUGCCCUUCGGACGGAA